CUUCUAUCUUCAUGUCUAAUGCGCAGUAGGCUAGCUUACUGCCACCGAACGAGCUAUCCGGCCAUAUUGCCUCGCAAUUCAUCAAGUUCGCGAGCUCGCACGGAUGAGAAGCAUUGACAUACCGCAGAAGAGCAUGGACUCAGUCGGUCAGUAUGAGGACGUCAGGCUGCGCUGACGGCCAAUGCGGGAUGUAUCCCGCGCGUGGCGUUGCAGUAUGCAGCUUCAAGGCAUGUCCCAUUGUGAACUCGGCCACACGAUUACGCCUAUGGCCCUUCAGGCCAACAAUGCUCCGCUCAGCCUCCCAGAUAGGUGGGAGAAAAUCCAGCUACAGUUCGACCUGUUAACUAGCGCAAUGCCCCAGGCUGAAGACGGUCCUGGAACCAACGACAGCAUAGGUACGCAACUAGAGACACUAUACAGCUCAUACGUCCUGGGGAUACGACUCUAUUUUCACAGAAUUGUUCGCCAUGGACGAUACCCCCAGCCCCGAGACUUAUUUCAUCGAUCUCAAUAUCAAUAGUCUCGGUGGGCGCGGCCACGCUGUUGGUAACAUCAAUGUCAACGACGGAGGAAAUGCAGCAAUCGAGAAGUGGAUGAGCUUGCAUUCCAGUCCACUCAAGCCGGUUCAGCUAUCUUCUGUUCGACCAUUC